UCUCGUAUUGACAGGAUCAAUUUUGACAAUCAUCAUUGAAUUUCCUGUUGUGUCAAAUUGUAUUGGAAACUUGUAGCUCGAAUUGAUUGUUGAUUUUAAGGAAGAAAGGAAAUAAAUUCAAUUUAUUUAUAUCCAGCCACUAGCUGCUAGCUUGUUAUUCAAAAUGAUGGACUGUGUGGAAGAAACCAACCAUGAUCCCCUGUCAGCGCCGGCUGCCCAGACCCCUGGCUCCAUAGAUCCUAAGCUGGAGAAGAAGAAACCUAAUGAAAACGUCAGCUUGGCUGAUAAUAGCUUGCUGGUGGACAUAUCAGACGCUCUAAGCGAGAAGGAGAAAGUGAAGUUCACGGUCCACACGAAGACCACCCUGCCGGAGUUCCAGAAGUCGGAGUUUAUAGUGGUGCGGCAGCACGAGGAGUUUGUGUGGCUGCACGACAGAUACGAGGAGAACGAGGAGUAUGCCGGGUACAUUAUCCCACCAGCGCCCCCUAGGCCAGACUUCGACGCAUCUCGCGAGAAGCUACAGCGUCUCGGCGAGGGGGAGGGAGCACUCACUAGGGAGGAGUUCCUUAAGAUGAAGGAGGAAUUGGAGGAUGAAUACCUAGCAACCUUCAAGAAGACGGUGGCGAUGCACGAGGUGUUCCUGCAGCGCCUGGCCGCGCACCCAGUGUUCAGGAACGACUCCCAUCUUCGAGUGUUCCUGGAGUAUGAGCAAGAUCUCUGUGCCAAACCGAGAGGGAAGAUGGAUCUCAUUGGUGGAUUGAAUUUCGGUUUUGGCAGUGGAGAGUCAAAAUCGUUCAGCAAGCAUGUCUAUGAGCAGACCAAACAGACUUCUUUCUUUCUAACCAAUUUGUUCCGAAAUUCCGAUCCGAUUCCGAAAAAACCGAAACAGGCGGAUGUGAUGCGUUCAAUGACGACGACAACAGAUGAGAUCUACCUCGGCGCCACGGUGCGAGACGUCAACGAUUUCUUCGAACAAGAGACCACAUUCCUUCAGGAGUAUUAUUCACAUCUCAAGGAAGCUGUGGCAAAGGUGGACCGGAUGACUACCAAGCAUAAAGAGGUGGCAGACGCCCACAUCAGACUGUCCUCCUGCAUCACUCAGCUGGCGACGAGGGAACAGCCUCCCACCGAGAGGUUCCUCACCAGGGCUGCGGAGACAUUCGACAAGUGUAGGAAAAUCGAGGGUCGCAUGGCAUCAGACCAGGAUCUGAAGCUGGCAGACACCCUCCGGUACUACAUGAGAGACGCUCACGCUGCCAAGGCGGUGCUCGUCCGGAGACUCAGAUGUCUAGCUGCUUACGAAGCAGCCAAUAGGAAUCUGGAGAAAGCCAGAGCUAAGAAUAAGGAUGUACAUGCUCCUUUGGAAGUUCAGGAGGCGGAACAAGCCCAAGCGGACGCUUGCGCCAAAUUCGAGCAGCUGUCUGCGCGUGCGCGGGAGGAGCUCAUAGACUUCCGCACUCGAAGAGUCGCCGCGUUUAAGAAGAGCCUCCUAGACCUAGCAGAGUUGGAGAUCAAACACGCGCGCUCCCAGCAGGAGCUAUUCAGGAAGUCACUACAGGUGUUGAAGGAAUGCCAGUAAUUAUACAUAACCAUGUAAUCUAAUUAUUAUUACAUAUAAAUAUCAUUAAAUAUUAUAAUUUACAUGUUAGUCUCUAGACAGGCGGACUGCAUUUCAAUUGCAAAUUUUAUUUUUAUUAUUAUUUUUUUUAUAAUUUAUUCAAUAAAUUAUACAACUAAAGAUUUACAUUAAUUUCAUGUGAGGUACAACUUAAUUCUAACUAUAAUAUAGCGACCUGCCUGAUCUAGGCUUGUAACAAACCUGUGUUUCAGGCCAUUACUUUACAACAAACAUUUAAAAAGAAGACAACAAUAAAUUGAUUAAAAGCUAAAUUAAAAGAAGACACUUUAAAUUGCAGUUUGAAUGCAGUUGACACGACUGCAAUAGAACUGCAAAUCAAACGUGCAGUCCGAUUGCAGUUGAAUUGCAGUCGGUGUGCAGUUCACAUAAUGCUAGGCUGCACGGUUGGCUUGCAGUACCAUUGCAGUCGUGUCAAUUGCAUUCAAACUGCCCUUGAAUGCAAUUUGCAGUUGGAUUGCAGUUAAAAUGCAAUCCGUCUAUCUAGAGCCAUAUGGCUGCUCUCCCCAAUGUAUAAUGGAGUUUCUUUUCGUAUUUUUCUUUCAUAUAUAUAAGGAAUACGAUAGAAAAAGAAAUUAUCCAAUUCGGUGCAGUCGUUUAGGAGUUCUGCGUUUACCUACAUACAUACAUUUCGGCUGAUCGAUAUUUUUUAAAUAUGGUUUAUAUAUCUACUAGCGGACCCGACAGACGUUGUCCUGUCUACACGUCUGAUUAAUUAAAAAAACAUUGUCCAGAGGACAAAAUUGUGAAUCUAAACCAUUCUCAGAUCCCCUUGAACACACACAAAAAAUUUCAUCAAAAUCGGUCCAGUCGUUUAAGAGAAGUUCAGUGACAUACACACUUACAGAAGAAUUAUAUAUAUAAAGAUAUAGUUUCUUUGUUAUUUUGACUUAGAAUUGAAAUAUGAAAUGUUUUUAGUAAUGGAAAUAUAUGAAAUACAAUAAUUCAGUUUGAUUUUAGCUCCUUUUUUAAAAGAAUGGUGCAAUAUGUUGUAAAAAACAUUAUUACUGUUAGAGCUAGACUUUGAACAUAAAGAUCCAGGUUUGAUUUUCAGCCAUGUACUAUGUAGGGCUUUUAAAAUCUUUAAUUUGAGUCUGUUUGUAUAGAGUGUAUUUUUAUGUGAUAGCAAUAGACUUGCUUAUGGGCAGACGUGCUCCAUCGUAGGCCGCAUCAUCACUUACCGCCAGGCGAGAUAGUGGCCAAGCGUCAACUCAUUAAAUAUCAAAAUUAAAAGACUAACUCGCGCACUCAGAGUCAUUUAAUGGUUACUUAACCCAGUCCUUAUCAAUUGUUUUCCAUACAAAAUCGUUACUAAGGAAUAGUUUAAGUAAGCAUUAAAUGACUCUGAGUGUGGCCGUCAGCCCCUAUUACAUGGGACUUAUAACAUAACUGAUGAAAAGUCUGUGUAACAUUGUAUGUGUGCACCUCUGCCUACCCCUUUGGGGAUUAUAAGGCGUGAUGCUGUAAUUAUACUGUUCUACCUAUCACAUGAAUAAAAUUAGGCGUUAUGUUUUUUUUUUUCGUAUUUAACUGCGGACCAAGUUAAUUAUUAUGCUAUCGGCUUACUCACGUAACUGUUUGACGAGGAACUCGACUAGUUUCAAGCCAUGCUAGAGGCUCAUAUUCAUGAGCAGCAUUCCGCGACACACGACGCGGUGACUGUCGCGCUGCUACUGGCGACUCGAGUUUUGCGUUCUGUCUGGUAUCACACCCACUUUUCGGCGGCUACGUAGGUGUCGGGUUCGAAUCCCGGUUCACGCAAAAACGGUGUUACAUACUGCGCUCACUGUAUCACACUCCAGACCCGCAACAUUGUAGGCUGACCCAGAUUUUGAAUUAGUCGAGUUCCUCGUCAAACAGUUACGUGAGUAAGUCGAUAACAUAAUAAUUAGUUUACUAUGUCUCACGAAAGUUAUAAUAAAAAUGCGGACCAAGUGUUUUUUUUUUAAAUUGUUAUAUGUUUUAAUGCUUUUUCUAUUUAAAAUUUCUUGUCUUUAAUUUUGGAGUUCCGUACUACAUUUUUUUAUCUUGAUAUCGGUACGGUGCCAAAAUUCGGUUCACGCUUGACCGGCUUUUAGGCGUGUAAGCAGAGGUAUUGCCUCUUAGUCAUAGAUAAAAUAUAACUUAACCCGUGCUAUGUCGGAACGUAGAUCUAGCGAGACACAAUGUGUGUUAUUGUGUCUCAUAUAGGGUGACUGGUAAUUAGUGAACGAUAUUUAAACACGUGAUUGUACUCAUGAUUACAAACAACUUUCCCAAAGAAACUUUUUUGUAUGCUCAUUAGUUUUAUUUUUAUCACAAUAAACAAACAACAAAAAUUCAUUAGCACUGCACGUGCUUUCGCAUGAUCAGCUGUUAGCAGCGAGGCGUCCGAGCGCGCAUCAUCGAAACUUUACGCGCGCGUGCUAAACAAAUUUUGUUUCCUUAUUGUGAUAAAAAUAAAACUAAUGAGUAUACGUAAAAAGUUUCUUUGGGAAAGUUGUUUGUAAUCAUGAGUACAAUCACGUGUUUAAAUACCGUUCACUAAUUACCAGUCACCUAUAUAAUAUCGGCAGACAAGAGGUUAAAUAAUAAUGGGAUUUUAAUUUAUUUAAUGAAAUGCUUUAAUAAUUUCUUACUUUUUUAAUUUAGUUGUCAUAAGCAUGAUAGGUGAGCCAGAUGUCUCAGUUUUGGUUACCGGGUAGAGUAAAGUAUUAUUAGAUUUUUUAGUCUGCCUUGUUGGUCACAAGUGCGACUGCCGGGGCAAGGGAUCUCGACUUCGAUUCCCGGGCAAUUACUGGGCUUUUAUCGGAAUUUCGAAAAUUUCUCAGUAGUAGCACGGAGUCUGGAAUUAUACCCAGUAUAUGGUAAUGAACUCACCCCCUAUUACAUGGGACUUAUAAGAUAAAUGAAUAAUGAAACGUUAGUGUACAUUGUAUAGCGGCAUUACGUGCCGUAAUGUGCACCUAUGCCUAUCCCUUCAGUGAUAAAAAAGACGUGACGAUACAUUUUUUCAGUUUCCGAAAUUUCUAGCAAAAUGAAUAAAUGAUAUUUAUUUUUGCAAAUAGGUUACAUUGUAACUCUUUUACACGUCAAUCUCUAAAAUAACUAAAUAAAGCCCUAUCUGUCUUUUACUUUAAGAGAAAUUCUUAAUAAAUACUUUUCAUUAAAUAAAUUAAAGUCUUAUAUAUUGUAAAGAUUAAGGUAUAUUGUAAUUAUGAUAAUAAUGUUAUUAUAGAAAAAAGGAUGGUACUGAUUUAUUUUGUCAUUAUUGUUUCUUUCUUAUACAGUCGACUCUCGUUAAUUUAAACCUUUGAUAAGUCGAAACUCUCUAUAAUUUGACAUUAUCCCAAUGUCCCUAAUAAGUCUCUAUAUAUUUCGAACUAAAUCAAUACAUUUUUAUACACUUAGCAAUAGGGAUGAUGACGGGGUAUAUAAAUUAAAAAUCUAUUUAGUCCGUCAGUUAGGUAAUGAAAAAAUAUUAGACACUUAUUUUUUAUUUUGUCAUAUAAGAUACUUCGAUAAAACGAAUCAAAGUUUAGGAGUGGGAGCAAAUACGUCAUUUCUACGUACAAAAUGUACAUAGAAAUGACGUCACGCGAUAUUUCAAAUCAAUAUAUCUUCGAAAGUAUUGGUUUCCGUGAGAAAUUAAUAAAUACGUAUCUAAUAUUUUAAAAUAAUCUACAAGACGGACAUUAAAAAAAAAUAGUCAUCUACCAUAUUCAUAGUUGCGAGUCCACCCAGUUUCGAAGUAACUAGAGUCGACUGUGUAUUUAAAUUUAUUACUAUAUUAUAUGUAAAUCAUGCUCUGUAAAGUUUAAGUUUAGUAAAGUUCACUUGUUUUGGCUAUGCAAUCAAAAAAAUAUUUUAUUAAAGUAAUAUUUUAGAGCGAUGUUUUAUGUGCAAGACAAAAUUAUUGUGGGACACGUAAAGUCGUAACAUAAUUGUACGUAGUAUGAGUUAUGGCCAAUCAAUACCCUUAGUACGAGUUUGCUAUAUGUUUAAAGUAAUCGAAACGAGAGCGUUCGACGCUGAUUGGUUGGUUUUUUAGAGCCGGCCAUCCAGAGCGCCGAACGCGCUCUCUUUUAAUACAAACCACUGCUUAAUCUUCAAGAAAACAACAGCCUAUAAGUAGCCACUGCUGACCAAAGGCCAAUUUUCACACGGAGAAGGUUUGACUAUCAAUCACCACGCUUGCUCAAUGCGGGUUGACGAUUUAAAACUUACAUAUAAUUAGAAAUUAUAAGUCCAGGUUUCCUUACAUGUUUCCCUUCACCGAUUGUCAGUAAAUAAACUCAUACUAAGCCCUCAGAUGGUGAGGAUACUUGAUUGCCGCAGUAGCGUCUUUUAAAAAAAUAUAUGUGGUCCCGUCUUGUACUAAAACUAUUCGCUUUAACCAAAGUCUUUGUAAAACAUUAAAUGUAUCGUGUAAGAUAAAAAGAAUAUGUUAUUUUCAAUUUUAAAAUGUUUAUAUUUUAAGAAAAUAUAUGAUUAUCCAUA